AUGCGGGGCUCCUCCCCGGCUCCGUCCUGCGACUCCGCGGAGAACAUCUACAACCUGCUGUGCGCCGUGCAGGCGCAGGCAAACGCGGACGAGGAGGAGGUGAAGGCGCGGCGCCUGCGUAUCACCAACUAUGAAAGCGAGACGGAACGGGUGCGGGAAGAGGUCCGCGGCCUCUCGGAGCAGCAGGCGAAGGCGUGCGAGGAGGUGAACGGGCAACGGCUGCGCGUGGAGGAGCAGAGGCUGCGCCACGCAGGGGCGGCGGAGCUCCUCGACCGCACGAAGCAGGAGGUGGCGGAGGUGGUGGGGGCGCUCUUCGCGUGUGAAGUGCCGCUGCACUCGGCGGCGGCGGCAGCGGCGGCAGAGAAGAAGGAGCCGCCGCAGGAGCUUCUGCCCCCAGCGGUGCUGCGCGGCGCCAUGGCGAGCCUGAAGCAAAAAAUAAAUGUGGCAACGGAGCGGCAGCGGCGGCGCGGCGCAGAAGCGCGGUGCACCUUUUCCACGGCGGACGCAAACGGCGAUGACACGGGCCAUCCCUUCACGGUGCGCUUCCGCCGUGAGUCGGUGCCGGUCGCGGCGCCGUCGCCGUUCCCCGCCAACGACGCAGCCGUCGGUGCCGAACUCACAGGCGAAGGGGAAACUUCAUUUCUCUCGAUGCGUCCGCGGCGAAAGUUCGUCACAUUUAACGACGCGCAGCUGGAGGUGCACGCAGAGAAGCCUGCGCCCUCGUCCCCGGACGCCGCUGCGCUGCCGCGGGCCCACGUUGCGGCGUCGGAGGCGAAGGAGGAACCGGCCGCCGCCGCCUCUUGCGGUGUGCUGAACAUGAGACGCACCCCGCGACGGACGAUGUGGAAAAAGGAGCCCCGCCACACAACUAAGCCAUAG